UCAGUAAAAAAUAUCAGUAGCAACUUUUUAUUUGCUUUUCUAGACAUGACGACAUUUUCAAAACAUUUGAGUCAAUUUUGAGCUUUUUAAAAAAAUUUUGAUUCAAUUUUUUAUUAAAAUUAAGUUAAAAAUAUUCCUGUGGAUUUUAUGAACUUGAAAUUUGGACACUGUCUUACUGUUAUAGAUGGGAACUUAGAAGAUAAUUAUUUAUUUAUUGUUAAAUAGGAUUUUUAUUUAAACUAGUUUAAUAAUAGUUAUUUAUAUCGUAAGCCUGUAUCAAUAAAUCAUUGAUAUCAAUAUAACGAAAUACGAAUUGUAUUGAAAGUUAUUGUAUUUAUUAAAAUAAUAUUUUUUUUUUGUAUUUUCAAUCACCUUCGUUACACGUAGAGGGGGAGCGAAUUUCGUAGUACAUAGAAACAUAUCUUAAAUUUAAACACAGUCAGUAUUAAUACAAAAUUACGAUAACAAUGACCAAAAAAAGAGUGCCGUUUACGUACAUACAGGCCAAGCCUUUGGAUAUGUCAUUUGAAAACGCGGAAUCGCUAGAUGCCAGCGAAUUUCAGGUUUUCCGGACAGAUCUCAUUAAUUCGCACCGGAUGCUCGGCGUGCCCCGAAAAUUCAGCGGGCGCUACAAGACGGCGUCGUUGCUGUUGAACGGCAACCGGUUGACGAGCCUGGAAGACUUCCGGACGCUGGCCGUCCGUAUGCUGUACUUGCCGUCGGCACUCUGCUGGCUGGACGUGUCCGACAACCGUCUGAACGACGUGUCCAUCGACGAGCUCUCCGAUUUUCCGAACCUCCGUACGUUGUACCUGCACCGCAACCGGUUGACGACCGUCGGUACAGUUGCGAGCCUGGACCGAUUGACCGAAUUGCGAACCCUGACGCUGCAGCACAACCCGCUGGCAACUGCGCACGCGUACAGGGCCAUGGUCCUGAUACUGUUGCCCCGGCUGACCAGCUUGGACUUUGUGCGUGUUACGAACGAUGAGAAGCACUUGUUGCCACCCAUUUUAGUACAACAAAUCGUCAACCAGGAGAAGAAACAGCAGAUCAUCGUUCCCCCAAAUUCCGAUUCUAAAACUGACAUCUAAUGGAAAACUAUACCCCUAAAAUCCCGUCGAAUAGUUUUUAAAAUUUUAGGUAUUCGAGAUGAGUUAGCACCUUAAUAAAUUAAUUAGUUGUACAACUUUGUGUACCCAAAUCAUUUUUUCUCUCCGUGUAAGAAACGAUUUUUAAGACUGAAUUAUUCCUGUAGGGUUGGAUUAGGCCACCGGAAUACAGAGGCAGUUUCGACUAAACUUAAAGGAGGGGGCAGUAGAAGAUUUAUGAAGGGAUUAGGGGAAGAGCCCCCCAUUCGCCUGCCAAGAUCCACAACAUUUUUUCAGAUCACCCUAUAUUUAUAAGCUCCCCCUAUCUUUAUAGGCUCCCCCUAAAAUAUUCCAGGAUAUCUUUAAUCUAGUUGAUAAUUAAAAAAGUAAUUUUUUUAUUUUAAUAAUUAGGAAAAUCAGAAAAAACGUAGAUAGAACAGAACAAUUUAUAAAAAUAAUGCUUUUGUUAUUUUCCAUUUGGUUUUUUUGGUCUUAAUUCUUCAGUUCAACAUGUUUGUUGAGGCUUUUUAAGUAAUUUUUAUUCAGUAGGUACUGAGUGGAUACAAUUGUGAGAUCAAACAGAAAUGCUUGAUAAUUUAAUAAGAAGUUUAUUAUAAGUCAAAAUUAGUGGUCAAAAAAAAACAAAUAUAAUGUAAUGCAAUUUUUUUUUAGAUUUUGAGUAUAUCGAAGAAUGUAUUAGUUUCACUAAGAUGUAAUUAUAUUUUCUAUUUUUUUUUUCUUGCUCAUGUGUAUACACGCGUGGUACAAUUUGUGAAAAGGAAUGUGACAACAUUUCUAGAAUACCGAUUGGGAGAUAAUUUUUUGAUUUUCUAAGCGGUUUUUAUAAUAUUUGAGAAAAACCAGGAUAAAACUUAAGAAAAAAGGGAAAUUUAUGAAAAUAAUGCUUUUAUAAUUUUUUAAUUUUGUUUUUUGUAGCGAUUCGGUUCAAAAUAUUUGUAAAGACUUGAAAUUUAGACAAAAACCUCAUAUUAACAUUUUGUAGACGUGGUAACAUUUUCAAAAAAUUUAAGCUAAUUUUGAUCUUUUUAUAGAUGUUUUAAUUUUGUGAGUUUUUUUUCAUAUUAUUUAUUCGAUAGGUACUCUGUGGUAAAAUUGUAAGACUUGAACAAAAAUGCUACAAAAUUUAACAUGAGGUUCAUUAAGAGAUUUUUUUGUUUUUGAACACAUAUAUUGUCAAUUUACUAACGAUGAAGUCAGAAUUAAGCAGACUGACUAAGUUUCGAAAUUAUAGCUUUUUGAAGUUCUGAUAUUAUGCGGAUAUUAUAACAUAUAAAUGUUAUGUUAUACAACUAUAUUGUCUUUAAAGUAUAUUUGUUGUGGUCUUUAUCGUUUGUUCCUAUUAUCAUUCUAAGAGUUUCGAGUUCAAACCAGUGUGACGAAAAAAAAAUAUUUGGCAUUUUUUUUCCCUUUUACUUGAACAAGGAAAAAACAAAUGCAUUUUGGAUGUACUUAGAGACCCAAGUCAUCGCUCCCUUGGACUAUUUUAAUCGCGAAAUACCCCUUGAUUUGUUGUGUAAACUUUUCUAUCACAAAUUUUGCUCUAAUGUAUCAAGUGUAGCUUAUUUUCUGAAACGAAAUUUUAAUUGUAAUUUAGAGAAGUCGUUUUUUUAUUUUUUAAGAAGUUUUCAUAGUAUUUUGAAAAAAACUGGUAUAAAAUAUCGGAAAAACUGAUAAUGUACCAAAUGUAGGUAUUAGUAAAAAAAAUAUUUUAUGGUUUUUUUUUUUUUUUUUGUGUACAACUUUUCUACCAGCAGUUUUGCUCCGUUUUAAAAUUAUAGUACUUUCUCUGAACAGGAAUCUGACUGAAGGUACUUUAUGAAGGUAAUUUUUUUAUUUUCCCAAGUGUUUCCCCAAUAAAUGAGAAAAGUCAGAAAAUAAACAUAGGAAAAUCGGUACAAUAUUAAUCAAAUAUUAUUAAGGAAAAUAUAUAAUGCCUAUUUAAUUAUUUAACUAUAAUAUGAUAUGUAUAUAUUGUUGACGAAGCAACACUAUUAACUGAACUCCGCUCAGAAUCGUUUUUCGUUAGCAAUGGUUAAUCUUUGCAUACAGGUAUAUUUAAUGUAUAUUAAAUUAUCUUUAACAGUGGCUGCACCCGUCUCCAUUAUCCUAGGAUGUCUUUUUUAAUUUUCGUUUUGUACGAUGUGCCUCUAUGGAACUUAUCUGUUUAUUUCUAAUUCUAUGAAACACUGUUCUAUUUUUUGUAAACGUGAAUAGUGAGUAAAAAUAUUUGAUUUUAAAUCUCUUUAAAAAGUUUUAGUUUAUUUUGAAUAUUAAAUACUAUUUCUCCUAGGUCAUAAAUUAGUAAAUUUAUUUAUUUCUCUUAACCAAUUAGAAUUUGAAAGUUAAAACUUUUAUUUUUUUCUAUUAAAAAUGCUUUGAUCGAUUCUAGUAAUUAAAAAAAUUCGGUUGAAAUGUUAUUAACUAUCUAACAAGACAAUACCAUGGGACAUCGUCUUCUAUGUCAUCUAGAAAGUUUUUAACUGACUAUGUGUUUUUGCAAUUGAACGUAUGUAAUUUACAAUUUUUAAAACAAAAUUCAUUAUAUGAUCAUAUUUAAAAUAUUUACCACUUAGGUGUUCUCUAUGGAUAAUACAAUGAAUAGGUAUAAAAUCUGGGAGAUAAGUAUCAUUUUUUAAAAGUAGAAAUAUUCGUAAUUUUGUUUAUGUAUGUAAAUAGUUGGUAACUUUAUCAAGAAUAACAAAAACAAAAAUUAUAACCCCAUGUGAAUUUAAGUAACCUAAGUAAUUUUACCCUCAAUCUCCAGGCUUCACAAUAGGUGGUGCGCGAGUCACUUAAAAAAGAGAAAGAAAACGUAAACAAAUUGUAGAAAACAGUCCCACAAUUAACAAUACAAAAUAUUCAGUAUUAAAUUUUGAAGGGAGUGAGAAAUGUAUAGUUAAAAAAUGACUUUUAUUUUUUUUUUACUUUAGACAACUUUUCUACCAGCAAUAUUUUGCUCCAAUUUACAAUGAUAGCACUUUUUCUAAAAGAAAAUCUGACUAGUGAAGUCAGAUUUUUAUUUUCCUAAGAGUUUUCCCAAUAAAUGGGGAAAAAACAUAGGAAACCGGGCAAAGGGAAAAUAAGUUUGAAUAUUAUUAGAGAAAAUGUUGAAUGUAUGUGUAAUUAUUUUACUGUUAUAUGACAUGUAUAUAUGGUUGACAAAGCAACAUUAUUAUUAUAAUCGAACUCCGCUCAGAAUCGUUUUUUUGUUUCGUACAUUAUAUACAUUCAAUUUUCCCUCCACUACCUUCUCACCUACAACAUUGGCUCACCCACGUGCGAAAUAUGUCUGUAUUUUUUAAGUAGUUAUUUUUACAAACAUUAUUUGCUACCUUAUGUACUACCUUAAGAGGUAGUAACCUCUUACACUAAAUCCAAAAAUAAUAUGACAAAUUUAAGUAUAUUCUAUUCUAUAAA